GCCCCGGCACCUCUUUUUUGAUUUGGAAAUUAACCGCCGGCAGAAGCUCAAGCAGAAUAGCCCGCAGCAGCAACACUGGCUAAAGUUGCAUUCUCAAGACCACUAAACACAGAUCAGUGUUACACCCUUCAGCCACCCUGCCGUGGCUUGUGUACAGUGCAUGCUGCUGGGCAGAACUUAAUUUCAGCCAGGGCUCACACCAAAGCCUCUCUCGUUGGCAAAUUGGCCAUUGGAAACCUUAACAGAAGGCUACGGAAGCUCAGAAUCCAACCCAAGGAUGAGGAGGAAAAUGGCAGCAAAGCGGAACAUUGUGGCCCAGUAUUUCCAAUGUCAGACACCGCUGGAGCAACGAGUACAGCCCUCAGUGAAAAUGGAGAAAGAGCCAGACCCAGCAGGGUCCGACGCCUUGGGAAUAUCAGAGGGAUCUGUAAAAACUUACCGUAUUGUGCAGGUGGGGCCUACUGGAGGAGGUGUAAGGCUGGUAACACCUCAGCAGACCAGGAGCGAACGACUGGAGGCUCCUCAGCGCUGGGAAAUCCAGGGGCAGGAGUUACCAACUCCGGAGCUUACGCCAGUCCAGUCGCCAGCAUGGAGGAACCUGCAAGUCCCAGAGCUCACACUGACAGAAGAUGUUGAGACCUACUUGGCUACCUUCGAGGAUGUGGCUGAGGCCUGCAAGUGGCCGAGGGAACAAUGGGUGACCCGGCUCGUGCCGGCCCUCAAUGGAGCUGCGCUCCAGGCCUACAAUAGCUUGGAUCCUAGAGAGAGCGGGGAUUAUGGGAAAGUGAAGGCCGCCAUCCUGCGGGAAGAUGCCGUCAGCCUGGAGAGGCAGCGCCAGAACUUCAGGCACUUCCGCUACCAGGAGGCCGAGGGGCCCCGGGAUGUCUGCACUCGGCUACGGGGGCUCUGUCAUCGCUGGCUGGAGCCCGAGAGCCGUAGCAAGGAGCAGAUUGUGGAGCUGGUGAUCCUGGAACAGUUCUUGACCAUCCUGCCAGAGGAAAUGCAGGACUGGGUCCAGGAGUAUCGCCCAAAGACCUGUAUCCAGGCGGUGACCCUGGCAGAGCAUUUCCUGCUGAAGCAGCAAGAGGGUGAGAGAUGGGAUCAGCAGGUGCUGGGUCCAUUUGUGCUUGAGGAGGCCGUGAGUUUCCCAGAAAAUGAGCAAUUACCGUUGGACACCAGGCAGAUGAUGCUCUGUAGAGAGGCCAAGGAAGAGAUUAACGAGAACCCCACCUCGUUGGCAGAUGAUGAGAUCCAGACCAAAAAUGAGGAAGAGUUUUUAAUACAGGAAAGUACGAAGAGGCAAAGAAGCCGACUCCUGCCGAGUUUGCAGCCGGCCCAGUUUGCCCGCCAGAACUCCGACGGGCAGCCGCUGGCUAACAAACAGGCCCUUCAUAAGCAAGACGCGCUCUUCCCCUGCCCCGAAUGUGGAAAGAAUUUCUCUCGUAAAUCCACCCUCACCAGGCACCGGAGGGUGCACACGGGCGUCAAGCCCCACCAGUGUGCCGAAUGCGGGAAACGGUUCUUGCACAAGUUCAACCUGGUGAACCACAUGAGAACCCACGUGCGGGAGGAAUCGAGCCGUUGUGGGUUGUGCGGGAAAAACGCGAAGCGGAUUUCAGGCCAGGGGGGCCAAGAAAGGAAGGCCGGGUGCUGCGAAUGCGCAGGAAGUUUUGGGCUGCAGUACAGCACGGAGCAGAGAAUGCCCGAGACGGGAGAGUCUUUCAGCUGACUCGAACGGAGCGGAGAGAAAAAAUGUAGCUGACUUGAAUGUAGGGAUAUUUUUUUAGGAAAUACUCUAAACCCAGGGACUCAUUCUCUGCCCUGGAACUUUCUAGAAGCUGGAACCCCCUUCUUAUGAUGAGACGGUCGCUCUAAACAUGAUCAAAGCAAAGAAUGCCUUCAGCUGCUCAGUUUGGUUACCUGUUUAUUUUAUGGUUUUCCCUUUCCUUGUUUGUUAAUCUUUGAAAGCAUACAGAGUGGGAAAGGGGGCAAGCAUGCCCUAACUACACUUAGAAUAUGAAAUAUGUACUUCCUAAUGUUACUGUAAAGAGCCCUGAUGUGUCCGUCACACAGGACCUGUAGCCAAAAUUAGUAGAAAUUUCCUCCUCUAGAAAAUACCGAAGUGUGAUUGAAUGGCUUCUAUCCCAUAUGCUGUUCUCAAAUGACAGAGUAACUGUGGCUAAAAUUUACAGAUAAUUAAUGUCCUUCAAGAAUAUUAGAAUAGCAGCUUUUG